AUGGACAAGAGCAAUGUCGAGCGAAACACGGGAACCGAAACGGUGACCGUCCACUCUGUCCGCGAAGGGCUCGCCCAGAUCACCCAAUCCACACGCAUCGUCAUCCGCUGUCUCAGCAGCGGCAGAGACACCCAUGAAUCGUCGCAAAAGACUCUCUCAGUGAUGGUUGAUAUCCUAGAUCUUCUAUACCGGGUUAAAGACCAGAUCAGCUGGGGCGAGGAGAAAUGGUUCGUGCAUCCUGCGCGACUCAGUGCAAUCACCGAGCUGCUCGAGUGGUUCAGUUCCACGCUCAAGGCCGUCGAGCUUUAUUUUCAGCCGGGGGGUGUGAGCGUAUAUUAUUUCCGAAAGUAUUUACUUGGUGGCACGUUCCUGCCGCGUCUGGAGCAAUACAAAAUUCUAUUGUUGCUGUCUAUGCAGCCUGAUUCGUGUGAGCGAACUUCUCUAGAAAGGGAGAUCAGAGAUAAUCUUAGGAUGUGCCGGGAUGUAGAUUCUGGACCUAAAGUUGAUCUACAGUUUGAAGAAGAUGCCCUUGGUAUGACAAGUCGAUUAUCCUCGGAGCAUUUCAUCACUCUCGCAGAUUUAUGCAAUCGACGGCUUCAGGGGACUUGCCGGUGGAUCUUCGAUAACCCUCAAUACAAACAAUGGCUGCUUGGCGCUUUCCGGACAUUGUACUGUGUUGGUCCUCCCGGCGCUGGAAAGACCUUUAUAUCGUCUGCCAUCAUCGACACCCUACAGAGAACUUUUGCCUCUCCCGACGUUGCAACUGUGUUCAUAUUUUGUCAAGACGAGAAAGAGAAGGAACAAAGUUCCAUGGGUCUGCUCCAAAACAUCCUUGCGCAACUCGUCUAUCGCAAACGCAGUCUUUCCUACGCAACGUCAGAUCUCUAUUACUCCGAGUCCGUGACCAAAGGGAGAGCAUCGCCCAAAGCUUAUCAGAAUGCCAUCCGCGCCGAAGUGAACCGAUUCUCAAAAGUCUUCUUCAUCGUUGAUGGUCUGGAUGGAUUUUCGGAUAAGGAGCGUAUUCUAACAAGGCUUCAGAAGCUUCCCGACCAAGCUCAGCUCCUGGUUACCUUGCGGGAGGCUAACCAGAUAGACAAAGAUUCGGCAUACGUGAGCAUAGUGCCAUCGCCGGACGAUCUCCGACUCUAUACACUUUCUCGAAUACAAAACGAUGCUGCACUUAAGAACCUCUGUAAUGACGAGCCUGCUGGUGUUCAACUGCGACGAGACGUCGUCCGCUCAGUAAUGGAAAAAAGUCGUGAUAUUUUCCUCUUAGCAAAAAUACAUCUGGACCUACUCUCUCGCUAUACCGAUAAAAGUCUGCUUGAAAGAGCUCUUAUGCACCUACCGGAGAGCUUGAGCGAGGCAUAUGGAGAGGCGAUGAAACAGGUAGUGAGCCAGAAUCCAACCGCCACUCGCCACGUAUACUGGACAUUGUAUGCCUUGAGGCCACUUUCCGUUGCGGAACUCCAGACUGCCACGCAAGGCAACACUGCCAGUGCAGACAAGGACGAAACUGUCAGCUUUGAGCAGUCUUUGCAGACCCAAAGCGCGGGACUUCUUACCGUGGAUGCCGUGACGGGCAGCGUUCGCUUCGUACAUAAGACUGCAAAGGAAUACUUGAAUGGAACAGCGGCUCGAGUUUUCUUCCCAUUCGCUCAGAGAGACAUUGCGGAAGUCUGCCUGACGGCCAUCAUUCCGGAUGAAGUUGUCGACGACUGCUACUAUACCGGAGGGACGACACCUCGUAGCUCAAGUGGCGGCUUCCUUAGCUACGCUGCCACAUACUGGGGCUAUCAUGCGCGAGAGGUAGCAGAGGAUGAACAGGCAAUCCAGGUCUUGAUCAAGACAUUCCUCAAUAAGCUACUUUGGAGGCGGCCCCCUGUUAUGGGCUUGAUCAGGGACAAGAGGUUGCCGGCUGAGCUUGGCCUUGGAAAAUACCCCGAUGACUGGAGCGCGCUACAUAUCCUCGCCUUCUUUGGUAUUUCCGGAAAAUUUAAGCGCCUGUUGGUGCAAGGCGCUCAUGUUGACGCCAACGACAACUCGCUAAGAAUCACACCGCUCCAUUGCGCGGCCUACCGAGGCAAUGAUGAAAUGGUCGACUUUCUGCUUGAUAAUGGUGCCGAGGGGAAUGCAGUCACCGGGGAUGGUAGCACGGCGUUGCACCUAGCCACAGAAUACGGGCAAAGAAAGGCAAUGAAAUUGUUGCUUUCACGCCAUGUUAAUUCACAAAUAGCCAACAAACAAGGCGCAACUGGACUGCAGCUGGCCGUUGGGACCGCCACCGAUGAAGCGACAGUUCCACUACUCGUCAAGAACAAGGUUGACGUGGACAUACGGAAUAUUCGCACUGGAGACACGGCUCUCCAUCUUGCUGUGGAAUGGAGAAGGCCUCGAAUCAUUCUUUUUCUCCUUGAUAGAGGCGCGACGAUUGACAUGACGAACGAAGAUGGAUUCACACCUCUACAGCUAGCCGCAAAGAUGGACAAUUGUGAAGCAAUCGCGUUGCUCCUUCAGCGCGGGGCCCAGGUAGAAGCUCGGUGUCUCUCUGGGUUCACAGCAUUACAGCUUGCAGCCCAUGAAGGUCACUGGAUCGCAUUUGAUCUAUUGCUCAUUGGCGGAGCAAACAUCAACUCGUGGAAUAAAAAAGGUGAAACCCUGCUUCAUGAAGAAGCGAGAAAGUCCUCCAAUGUGUCAACUGCCGCGAAACUACUCGCCCAAGGAGCAAACAUCGAAGCUCGUACUUCACAAGGCUAUACACCGCUCCAAUGUGCUGCCAUGUCCGGAAAUCUCAAUAUGUUCAAGUUCCUGCUGGCAAAAGGAGCCAAGAUCGACGUGGAGACUGCAAAAGGCGAGACUCUGUUGCACAUCACUCCGCCCCUUGACCAAGACUGUCUCGAAAUCCUCAGGAUAGCUCUUGACCAUGGUGUCGACGUGGGGGCGAUCUCUAGUCAGGGCUGGAUGCCGCUACACCAGGCAGUUUAUGUAGGCACAGGCGUUUCCGACCUUGCCUUCGACAAGACGUCGGACUAUAUCAAUCUUCUUGUGAGCCACGGAGCCGAUAUCAACUCGCGCUCUGUUUCAGCUUCCACCGAGACCGCUCUUCAUCUGGCAGUCCUGGCCAUCACUCCGAGCACGUCUCUCGUGUCGUUGCUCUUAAAGCUCGGCGCUGAUAUCAACGCCAUGACUAACGAAGGGAAAACAGCACUCCACCUCGCCGCCGAACGCGGGCGAGAAUCAAUCUUCAGAGUCCUGCUAGACGCAGGCGCUGACACUUCCUUGGAGGCGCCAGAUAGUGCGAAAGCGGUUAACGGACAUGGCUCGGCGGCCGGCAACACCGCCCUGGACUUGGCACGCAAGAACCCCUUUGGUGUUCUUUGGUUUGACAAGCAUGGUCACCUGCGUCCGGUACUCGAGGCCAAGCGACGAGACAGCGCCGACACCAUCAUAGAGGAGGAUCUGAAUGGUGAGUUUUCGGAGGAUGAGACGGGAGAGUCGACGCUCGUUGGGAGCGACCAGCCGUAUAUCCUAGUUUAG